UACAACUCUGGUUGGAGAACCCUUUGUUGUCCGAACAAUGAAGAAACACAUCCCGAAUGGUACUUUUCCACGUUAACCUCAUACAAUUAUGUUUCUUCCAAGAGAAUAAAUGUACCAGACGAAACUCCAAUUCAGCUUUUCGUGGUAGCUAAACAUGGCACGCAUACUCCAUUUUGGAACAAUAAUAAGGUGGAACACUAUGAUCGAUAUCAGAUGAGGGAUAAAUUAAACAUUUCCGAAAAUGCUGAAAUGUGUCCAUCGGAUAUUAAAGCAAUUAAUGAUUGGCAUCCAACAAAUAUUGCAACAAACGCAGCAGGAUUAGUAAAAAAAGGCCGCGAUGAAAUCAUAGAAUUAGCCCAGCGGAUUCGAAAUGCUUUUCCAGAUAUAUUUACCAAGAGAUACAAGAAGAAACACUAUGAUGCAUUGACAAGGCCGGAGCAAUAUUGUAAAGAAACUGGAAGACUUUUUUUAAAAACUAUUUUUAACAAUUCAAACAUUAAUGUUGAUACUGUUCCGGUAUGUGUCAAAGACGACAAAAUACUAAUGAUUGAUUCUCACAUGGAAAAUUAUCGAUCUGUGAAAAAAAUGUAUAAUAGAGAAAAAAUACACUUCUUGCACACCGAUCACUUAAAGAAUGUUUCUCAAAAGAUUUUUAAAAUAUUAGAACGCGAACCCAAAGGCCCUUUAAUAGAUUAUAAAUUGGUGUAUUCUUUGUACAACACGUGUGCAAUAGAAAGAUCUCUCGAUGAACAAUCAAUACCACCUUUGUGUCGCUUAUUCAGCAAAGAAGAUCUCAACGUUUUGGAAUACACGAGAGAUCUCUUAUACUACUUUGAAGAAGGUUAUGGGAAUCCGUUUAGCGCAAAAUAUGCUUGCCCAAUGGCCAUUCGCUUACUAGAAAGCUUCAAAAAUAAAAUAGAAGAAAACGGUCCAAAAGGUGUUUUUUAUUUUGGAAACUCGAUAAACAUAUUGAAUUUGUAUGUCAUGUUAGGUUUAUCCAAAGAUAAAGUUCCAUUAAUGUCAUCCAACUAUGAAAGUAUGAAGGACCGAAUGUGGAGAACUUCUAAGAUGGCUCCAUUGGCAGCAAACUUUAUGGCUGUACUUUCCAAAACCGGCAAACGCUCUCAACUGAAUUAUUACGUGCAGUUUUAUUUUAACGAAAAACUUACGUCCAUAACGUUAAAUGACGGGUCUGGAUGUGAAAAAUGUCCGUGGUCAAAGAUUAAAGAGAAGCUGGAAAAAUAUAUACAAGACUAUAGUUGCAGGUCAGGUUUCAAUGCAAUUCAGCCGGACAAGUCAUAUUCCAAUCAGUAUUGGCAUUUUUCCACGAUGACAGCAUACCGUUUGGUUUUCUCUGAUGAAAUUAAAAAACGACAGAAUGAUACACCGGUUCAGAUUUUUAUGGUCAUGCGGCAUAACAUGACAUUGCCGUCUGACGACUUUUUUAAAGAAUGGACACGUUAUCAGGGUUAUAAAUACAAAAUUACCGCAAAAACAAAACUUAGCAGGACAGAUAUAAUUAACAUUCAAGAUUUUGAUGGAGAUACUCACAAAGAUAGCAAAGACAUUGUAUUACAUAUUAAAAUAGAAGCCAUAGCCACUCGCAUUCGACGAGCUUUCCAGAACUUAUUUAGCACACCGUUUAAUUCAGAAAACUAUAAGGUGUUGUCAAGGCCAGAGAAAAUUUGUAAGAACACUGGAGAAAUGUUUUUGCAAAGUCUUUUUAAAAACGAAAGCAUUACCAGCGUACCAGAAUGGGAGAAUAGUAAUCAGUUACUAAUGGUGGAUGAACUCAAUGAAAAUAUCGUGGAAUCUGAAAAGUUCAAAAAAAGUUACGUUAUAAAUAAAGUUUUAGAAAGGGUUGCAAUCCAUAUGGGGCUUGAGCCUGGAGAACUCGAUUUUGGUUUCAUUAACUUUGCAUAUGAGACGUUUCGCUUAAGGAGGGCUUACGAUGAAUCGUCAUUUCACCCGUUGGGCAAGAUAUUCUGCCAAAAAGAUCUCAAAGCAUUGGAAUACAUUGAAGAACUAAAAUGGUACUAUACUGCUGGUUAUGGAAACCCUUCGAGCUUACAACAAGCUUGUCCUAUGGCCAAAAGUCUUUUGGAAACUUUCAGAACAAAAACCGGAGGAAGCGGUCCAAAUGGCGCUUUUCAUUUUGGAAACGCUCAUAACAUAUUUCAUUUAUAUGUCAUACUGGGUCUAGCCAAAGACAAAGCUCCAUUAGAUUCAGCUAACUACAUUGCCAUGGAGGAACGUCAGUGGAAAAGUUCCACGAUGGUUCCAUUGCUUGCAAACUGCAUGGCUGUACUUUUUAGGAGCGAUAAUGGCCAAUACAAAGUAUCAUUUUAUUUCAACGAAAACCGCAAGCUCAUAACGUUGGAUGGCGGGCGUACAUGUGAAGUAUGUGAGUGGUCCGAUAUUGAAAAGCUGUUGACGUUAUACAUUGAAAAAAAUGGCUGCACUAGCCACUAGGUUGAUGAGAUAAUCAAAAUAUAUACCAUAUAAAAUAACUGAAAUCAAAUCGUAUUUGCUUACUGGUAAUUCAAUUUGAUGUGUUGUGAAUAAAUAACUGUAAAUCGUAUACACUUUACGUUAAUUAUAUUAUCUAUUUCAUAUUGUUUUAGUAUAACAUUCAACACUUAGCAUAAUGUUUUGUUCAAGCUUAUGAGUGAUUAUUUUCUGUGGUAAUUAUUUUUGUCGCAAUAUUUUACAAAAAUGUGUGUAAUUAGAUUGACAACAAAAAACUAACUGUUUCUCCAUUUUAUUAAUUUUAUUUU